CGGAAACCCCCAAUGGUGGUGGAGGAUCUUUUUGAAGACAUGAAAGAUGGUGUUAAGCUGCUUGCUCUGCUGGAGGUCCUGUCCGGGCAGAAACUGCCUUGUGAGCAGGGACGCCGUAUGAAGCGAAUCCAUGCUGUGGCUAACAUCGGCACAGCCCUCAAGUUCCUUGAAGGAAGAAAGAUUAAAUUAGUCAACAUUAACUCCACUGAUAUAGCUGAUGGCCGACCCUCAAUAGUUCUUGGAUUGAUGUGGACCAUUAUUCUAUAUUUCCAGAUUGAAGAGUUGACCAGCAACCUGCCACAGCUCCAGUCUUUGUCCAGCAGCGCCUCCUCUGUGGACAGCUUGGUCAGCUCUGAGACAGCCAGCCCCCCCAGUAAGCGGAAGGUGGCCACCAAGGUUCAAGGAAAUGCCAAGAAGGCUUUAUUAAAGUGGGUUCAGUACUCAGCAGGCAAGCAGGCUGGAAUAGAAGUGAAAGACUUUGGGCGGAGUUGGAGAAGUGGGGUAGCCUUUCAUUCAGUUAUCCAUGCGAUUCGACCUGAACUGGUGGACUUGGAGAGAGUGAAAAGCAGAUCUAACAGAGAAAAUCUGGAGACCGCUUUCACUAUUGCUGAAACGGAACUGGGGAUCCCAAGACUGCUGGAUCCUGAAGAUGUUGAUGUGGAUAAACCAGAUGAGAAGUCUAUUAUGACCUAUGUGGCCCAGUUUCUGAAACAUUAUCCUGACAUCCACAAUACAGGGACUGAUGGGCAAGAGAAUGAUAGAGAAGACGGGCUAAUUUUGAAGGAAAUGAAUGUUUGGAUAGAACAAUUUGAAAGAGAUUUGACAAGGGCACAGAUGACAGAAUCGAAUUUGCAGGAUAAAUAUCAGUCAUUUAAGCACUUCAGAGUUCAAUAUGAAAUAAAAAGGAAACAGAUUGAACAUUUAAUACAACCAUUACAUAGAGAUGGGAAAUUGUCACUUGACCAAGCAUUAGUAAAACAAUCCUGGGAUAGAGUGUCCUCCAGGCUCUUUGAUUGGCAUAUACAGCUUGAUAAAUCUCUUCCUGCACCUCUGGGCACCAUAGGUGCCUGGCUGUACAGGGCAGAGGUGGCCCUGAGAGAGGAAAUAACCAUUCAGCAGGUCCAUGAGGAAACGGCAAACAUGAUACAACGGAAACUGGAGCAACAUAAGGAUCUGCUUCAAAACACAGAUGCCCACAAAAGAGCAUUCCAUGAAAUCUACCGGACCAGGUCUGUUAAUGGGAUCCCAGUGCCACCUGAUCAAUUAGAGGACAUGGCCGAGAGGUUUCAUUUUGUUUCCUCCACAUCAGAGCUACACUUAAUGAAAAUGGAAUUUCUAGAAUUAAAGUACCGUCUGCUCUCACUGCUGGUUCUUGCAGAGUCAAAGCUGAAGUCUUGGAUCAUCAAGUACGGGAGGAGAGAGUCUGUGGAGCUUCUUCUGCAAAACUACAUUUCUUUUAUAGAAAACAGCAAGUUUUUUGAACAAUACGAAGUGACAUACCAGAUCUUGAAACAGACAGCUGAGAUGUAUGUCAAAGCAGAUGGUUCAGUGGAAGAAGCUGAGAAUGUAAUGAAAUUCAUGAAUGAAACCACUGCUCAGUGGAGGAAUCUCUCUGUAGAAGUUAGGAGCGUGAGGAGCAUGCUGGAAGAAGUGAUUUCUAACUGGGAUCGCUACAGCAAUACCGUGGCUAGUCUUCAAGCCUGGCUAGAGGACGCUGAAAAAAUGCUAAAUCAGUCAGAAAAUGCUAAAAAGGAUUUUUUCCGAAAUUUGCCUCAUUGGAUUCAGCAGCACACUGCCAUGAACGAUGCUGGCAAUUUUCUAAUUGAAACAUGUGAUGAGGUGGUUUCCCGUGACCUUAAGCAGCAAUUACUAUUGCUAAAUGGGCGAUGGAGAGAGUUGUUUAUGGAAGUCAAGCAAUAUGCUCGAGCUGAUGAGAUGGACAGAAUGAAGAAGGAAUACACAGACUGUAUUACCACUCUGUCUGUUUUUGCAACUGAAGCCCAUAGGAAACUUUCUGAACCCAUAGAAGUCUCCUUUAUUAAUGUCAAGUUAUUAAUUCAAGACUUGGAGGAUAUUGAGCAGAGAGUACCUGUGAUGGAUGCUCAAUACAAAAUGAUUACAAAGACAGCGCAUCUCAUUAGCAAAGAAAGCCCCCAAGAAGAAGCUAAUGAAAUGUUUGCAACCAUGUCUGGGCUCAAAGAGCAGCUAACCAAGGUCAAAGAACGUUACUCCCCACUCCUUUAUGAAUCUCAGCAGCUGUUGAUUCCCUUAGAGGAAUUAGAAAAGCAGAUGACGUCCUUUUAUGACUCACUUGGGAAAAUCAAUGAAAUUCUAACAGUUCUUGAGCACGAAGCACAAUCUAGUCCUCUUUUUCAACAAAAACAUCAGGAACUGUUAGCUUGUCAAGAAAGCUGUAAGAAAACCCUGACACUAAUUGAGAAAGGCAGUCAAAGUGUUCAAAAGUUUGUGACCUUGAGCAAUGUGUUAAAACAUUUUGACCAGACAAAGCUACAGAGGCAGAUUGCGGACGUUCAUGUCGCUUUUCAGAAUAUGGUCAAGAAAACUGGAGAUUGGAAGAAGCAUGUGGAAACCAAUAGUCGCUUGAUGAAGAAGUUUGAGGAGUCCCGAGCAGAGUUGGAGAAGGUGCUGCAGAUCGCUCAGGAGGGCCUGGAGGAAAAGGGGGAUCCCGAAGAACUCCUGAGGAGACACACGGAGUUCUUCAGUCAGCUGGAUCAGAGGGUGCUCAAUGCCUUCCUGAAAGCUUGUGAUGAGCUCACCGACAUCCUCCCCGAGCAGGAGCAGCAGGGUCUGCAGGAGGCCGUGAGAAAGCUCCAUAAGCAGUGGAAGGAUCUUCAAGGAGAAGCUCCUUACCAUUUGCUUCAUCUGAAGAUCGAAGUGGAGAAGAAUAGAUUCUCAGCCGCUCUAGAAGAGUGCAGAGCUGAGCUGCAUCGAGAGACCACGCUGGUGCCCCAGGAAGGCAGCGAAAAGAUUAUUAAGGAGCACAGGAUUUUCUUCAGUGACAAAGGUCCUCAUCAUCUCUGUGAGAAAAGGUUACAACUCAUUGAGGAACUGUGUGGGAAACUUCCAGCCAGGGACCCAGUAAGGGACACACCUGGAACCUGUCACACGGCUCUCAAAGAGCUCAGAGCUGCCAUUGACAGCACCUACGCGGCACUCGUGGAAGAUCCGGACAAGUGGAAGGACUACGCCAGCAGAUUUUCUGAGUUCUCCUCUUGGAUAUCUGCAAAGGAGACCCAGUUGAAGGGGAUCAAGGGUGAGGCCAUCGAUACCGCCAACCACGGAGAGGUUAAAUGUGCUGUUGACGAGAUCAGAAAUGGUGUCACCAAAAGAGGCGAGACUCUCAGCUGGCUGAAAUCCAGGCUGAAAAUUUUGGUUGAAGUUUCCUCUGAGAAGGAAGCCCAAAAGCAAAGCAAUGAGCUGGCACAGUUAUCUAACUCCUUCAAGGCUCUCGUGACAUUGUUGUCACAGGUUGAAAAGAUGUUAAGCAACUUUGGGGACUGUGUCCAGUACAAAGAAAUAGUCAAAAGUUCCCUUGAAGAAUUAAUUUCUGGCUCUAAAGAAGUUCAGGAGCAAGCCGAGACGAUCUUGGACACUGAAGACCUGUUUGAAGCACAGCAGUUACUUCUUCAUCACCAGCAAAAGACAAAGAUGAUCUCAGCAAAGAAGAGAGACGUGCAGCAGCAGAUCAGGCAGGCUCAGCAGGGAGGUGGGCUGCCCGGCCGAGGCCGCGAGGAGCUGCAGAAGUUGGAGAGCACCUUGGACGGCCUGGAGCGUGGUAGGGAGAGGCAGGAACGCCGCAUCCAGGUUACAUUAAGAAAAUGGGAGCGAUUUGAAACAAACAAAGAGACAGUGGUCAGAUAUCUUUUUCAAACAGGUUCGAGCCAUGAACGGUUUUUGAGCUUUAGCAGUUUGGAAAGUUUAUCUUCAGAAUUGGAACAGACAAAGGAGUUUUCUAAACGGACAGAAAGUAUUGCAGCCCAGGCUGAGAACCUUGUAAAGGAAGCUUCAGAGAUCCCACUUGGGCCCAAGAAUAAGCAGCUGCUUCAACAGCAGGCCAAGUCAAUCAAAGAGCAAGUCAAAAAAUUAGAAGACACGCUUGAAGAAGAUAUUAAAACCAUGGAAAUGGUGAAAAACAAGUGGGAUCAUUUUGGCAGUAAUUUUGAGACCCUGUCCAUCUGGAUAACUGAGAAAGAAAAAGAACUCAAAGCCUUGGAAACUUCGUCAUCUGCCAUGGACAUGCAAAUCAGCCAAAUCAAGGUCACAAUUCAGGAAAUAGAAAGUAAGAUCAUCAGCAUUACAGAAUUAGAAGAAGCAGCUCAAUCUUUUGCUCAAUUUAUUACCACUGGAGAAUCUGCUCGAAUCAAAGCCAAGUUAACACAGAUAAGAAGAUACUGGGAAGAACUCCGAGAGCAUGCACAGUGUCUGCAAGUAACAAUCUUAGGACAUUUAUCUCAGCAGCAAAAGUUUGAAGAGAAUCUUAAAAAGCUCCAACAAUCUGUGUCUGGAUUUGAAGAUAAACUUGCAGAUCCAAUUAAAAUAUGUCCUUCAGCUACAGAAACAUUCAAAGUUCUCCAAGAACAUAUGGAUCUCUGUCAGGGCCUGGAGUCCCUGAGUGGCUCAAUCGCUGCCUUUGCAGCCAGUGCCCGGAAGGUCGUCAGCAGAGAACCCUGUGUUCAGGAGGCCUUGGCUCUACAGCAGCAAUAUGAGAUGGCACUUAGUAGGGCCAAAGAGAGACAGACUGUGCUGGAGAAUCUGUUGGCCCACUGGCAGAGGCUAGAAAAAGAACUGUCAUCCUUUUUGACCUGGUUAGAGCGGUGUGAAGCUAUGGCCAGUGCCCCAGAAGUGGACAUCUCUGCAGACAGAGUCAAAGUGGAGGGUGAACUUCAAUUAAUACAGGCCCUGCAAAGUGAAGUUGUGGCCCAGGCCUCAUUUUACAGCAGCCUUUUGCAAUUGAAAGAAUCACUGUUCUCAGUGGCCUCCAAAGAUGACGUGAGAAUGAUGAAACUACAUUUGCAGCAGCUGGAUGAGAGAUGGAGAGAUUUACCACAGAUAAUUAACAGAAGGAUUACUUUUCUUCGGUCUGUGGUCGCUGAACACGAGCAAUUUGAUGAGCUGCUGCUUUCCUUUUCUGUCUGGAUUAAGUUGUUUCUCAGUGAAUUACAAACCACUUCUGAGAUAAGCGUAAUGGACCAUAGAGUAGCUCUUACUCGACACAAGGACCACACAGCAGAAGUAGAGAGUAAAAAGGGGGACUUGCAGCGUCUGCAGGAUCAUUUAGCAAAAUUGGGUUCUCUGGGCCGAGCCGAGGAUGUCCACCUCCUCCAGGGCAAGGCAGAGGACUGCUUUCAGCUGUUUGAGGAGGCCAGCCAAGUCGUGGAGAGGCGGCAGGUGGCCCUGUCCCAGUUGGCAGAAUUCCUACAGAGCCACGCCGCUCUGUCCGGGGUUCUCCACCAGCUGAGGCAAAUGGUGGAAGCGACCAACAGCAUGAACAAGAAACAGUCUGACUUGUUAGAAAAGGACCUAAAUGAUGCUAUUCAAGAUGUUAAAACAUUAGAAUCUACUGCCAUCGGUCUCGAUGGCAUUCUUGCCAAAGCCCAAUACCAUCUGAAAAGUGGAGGCUCUGAGCAAAGGACUUCCUGCAGAGCCAUGGCUGAUCAGUUAUGUUUAGAAUUAGAGAAGAUCCAGAACCUUCUGGGAACCAAGCAGAGUGAGGCAGAUGCCCUGGCAGUAUUGAAAAAAGCAUUCCAAGACCAGAAAGAGGAGUUGCUGAAAAGCAUUGAGGACAUUGAAGAGAGAACUGACAAAGAGCGACUAAAAGAACCCACCCGCCAAGCUCUUCAGCACAGGUUGAGAGUGUUUAAUCAGCUAGAAGAUGAACUGAAUUCUCAUGAGCAUGAACUAUGUUGGUUAAAAGACAAAGCUAAGCAAAUUGCCCAGAAAGAUGUAGCUUUUGCACCUGAAGUUGACAGGGAGAUAAACUGCUUAGAAGUCACCUGGGAUGACACCAAAAAACUAAUUCAUGAAAACCAGGGUCAAUGCUGUGGGCUUAUUGACUUAAUGAGAGAAUAUCAGAACUUGAAGUCAACUGUAUCUAAAGUCCUAGAAAAUGCCAGCAGUGUGAUUAUAACCAGAACUACCAUAAAAGAUCAGGAGGAUCUUAAAUGGGCUUUUUCCAAGCAUGAAACUGCCAAGAAUGAAAUGAAUUAUAAACAGAAAGAGUUGGAUAAUUUUACCAGUAAAGGAAAACAGUUGUUAUCUGAGCUGAAAAAAAUUCACAGUAGUGAUUUCAUCUUGGUGAAAACAGACAUGGAGAGCACUGUGGACAAAUGGCUGGAUGUAUCAGAGAGAAUUGAAGAAAACAUGGAUAGGCUGAGGGUAAGCCUGUCCAUCUGGGAUGAUGUACUUUCAAGUAAAGAUGAGAUCGACGGGUGGUCAAACAGCUCUGUUCCACAGCUGGCUGAAAACAUCAGCAGCCUGAAUAACAGCCUCAGAGUCGAGGAACUCCUGAAAGAAUUUGAGUCUGAAGUUAGAAACAAAGCAUUGAAAUUGGAAGAACUGCAUUCCAAAGUUAAUGAUCUUAAAGAAUUAACUAAAAAUCCGGAAACGCCACCAGACCUUCAGUUUAUAGAAGCAGACUUAAGGCAGAAACUGGAGCAUGCCAAAGAAAUAACUGAAGAAGCAAAAGGGACCUUGAAAGAUUUCACGACUCGAAGUACACAAGUGGAGAAAUUUAUUAGUGACAGAACAACGUGGCUGACAAAAGUGGAAGAAUCCUUGAUGUCCUGUGCCCAAAGUGAGACUUGUGAAGGGUUGAAAAAAGUAAAGGAAAUACAGAAAGAGCUUCCAAGUCAGCAAAGGAACAUCAGCUCUACCCAAGAGAGCCUCAAUAGCUUGUGCCGCAGGUACCACUCAGGUGAGCUGGAGGUCCUGGGCCGCGCGAUGACUGGGUUGAUCAAGAAACACGAAGCUGUGAGCCAGCUCUGCUCCAGAACCCAGGCCAGCCUGCAGGAAUCGCUGGAACAGCACUUCAAUGAUUCUAUGCAGGAAUUCCAAGAGUGGUUUUUGGGAGCUAAGGCAGCAGCAAAAGAAUCAUCAGACAGAACUGGUGACAGCAAAGUUCUGGAGGCAAAGCUGCAUGACCUUCAGAACAUUUUGGACUCAGUCAGUGAUGGGCAGAGCAAGCUUGAUGCAGUGACUCAAGAAGGACAAACUUUGUAUGCACAUCUGUCUAAACAAAUUGUCAGUAGCAUUCAGGAACAAAUUACAAAGUCUAAUGAAGAGUUUCAGGCAUUUCUGAAACAGUGCCUUAAAGACAAACAGGCUCUUCAAGACUGUGCUUCAGAACUUGGGAGCUUUGAGGAUCAGCACAGAAAACUGAACUUAUGGAUCUGUGAAAUGGAAGAAAGGUUAAGUACAGAAAACUUGGGAGAGAGUAAACAGCAUAUUCCUGAGAAGAAAAAUGAAGUUCAUAAAGUUGAAAUGUUCCUGGGAGAACUACUGGCUGCAAGAGAGUCUCUUGAUAAGCUUUCUCAGAGGGGGCAACUUCUCAGUGAAGGUCACGGUGUUGGGAAAGAAGGACGCCUGUGCUCCCAACUCCUUGCCAGCUACCAGAACUUAGUGAGAAUGACCAAAGAAAAACUCCGGAGCUGCCAGGUGGCCCUUCAGGAGCAUGAAGCCCUGGAGGAAGCGCUGCAGAGCAUGUGGUCAUGGGUGAAGGACGUUCAGGACAGACUGGCCUGUGCAGAGAGCACUAUUGGGAGCAAAGACACCCUGGAAAAACGGCUGUCACAAAUACAGGAGGUUCUCUUGAUGAAAGGUGAAGGAGAAGUUAAGUUGAAUAUGGCCAUUGGCAAAGGGGAACAGGCCUUGAAAAGUAGCAAUGCAGAAGGUCAGCAGGUGAUUCAGGCUCAGCUACAGACCCUUAAAGAUGUGUGGGCUGAAGUCAUGAGCUCCUCCACCCAUGCUCAGAGCACUUUAGAGUCUGUGAUUAGCCAAUGGAACGACUAUCUAGAGAGGAAAAACCAGUUGGAGCAGUGGAUGGAAUCAGUGGAUCAAACAGUGGAACAUCCCUUACAAGUGCAGCCAGGUCUGAAAGAGAAGUUUUCCCUGUUGGACCACUUUCAGUCUAUUGUGUCUGAGGCAGAAGAUCAUGCCGGAGCCCUUCACCUCCUAACUGCAAAGUCCAGGGAGCUCUAUGAGAAGACUGGGGACGAGUCUUUCAAGGAAAUAGUUCAAGAGGAGCUGAAGACACAGUUUAAUGAUAUAACAACUGUUGCCAAGGAGAAAAUGAGGAAAGCAGAAGAGAUUGUGAAAGACCAUCUAAUGUACUUAGAUGCAGUCCAGGAAUUCACAGAUUGGCUCCAUUCAGCAAAGGAAGAACUUCACCGGUGGUCAGAUAUGUCUGGAGACUCAUCAGCCAUGCAGAAAAAGUUGUUGAAAAUUAAGGAGCUGAUAGAUUCCAGAGAGGUUGGUGCGAGCCGCCUGAGCAGAGUGGAGGCGCUGGCUCCUGCAGUGAAACAGAGCACGACGGCCAGCGGGUGUGAGCUCGUGCACACGGAGAUGCAGGCCCUGCGUUCCGACUGGAAGCAGUGGGAAGACAGCGCACUCCAAACGCAGCACAGCUUGGAGGACCUGGUGAGCCGAAUGGCCCUCUCGGAGCAGGAGUUCUCAGGCCAAGUGGCUCAACUGGAGCAGGCCCUGGAAGAAUUCAGCGCCCUUCUGAAAACUUGGGCUCAGCAGUUAACCCUCCUUGAAGGCAAGAACACGGAUAAGGAGAUAGUGGAAGGCUGGCAUAAAGGACAAGAGAUACUGGAUGCUCUACAGAAAGCAGAACCUAGGACAGAGGACCUCAAGUCUCAGCUGAAUGAACUUUGUCGAUUUUCGAGAGACCUGAGUAUAUACAGUGGAAAAGUUUCUGGCUUGAUUAAAGAAUAUAAUUGGUAA